ACAUGCUGCCCGCAGCCAUGGUUAACAUCAACAUCGUCAAGAACGUUGCGGGCAUAGCACUUCGCCUGAAAUUCAGAUUUUCUUCACCAAUCUUGCCAACUUCCAUCUUGCCGGCAUCAUCACAAUUACUACAUACCCAGUCUCACAGUCACAGUGAUGAGAAAUGGACAAAAGAGGAAUUGAGCCUGGUACCCUGCAGACACCAAAGUACAGAGGCUAGUUCUCCAGUUCCAAGAAAGGGGUACUCGCCCUUCCAGCCUAGUUUUGCUUCAAACAAAGCGGAGUUUGCACUAGCUAGGGUUGAUGAUCUUCUUAACUGGGCCAGAAAGAGUUCAUUAUGGCCGAUGACGUUUGGCCUAGCGUGCUGUGCAGUAGAGAUGAUGCACAUGGCUGCACCACGUUACGACAUGGACCGCUUCGGUGUUGUGUUUCGUGCCAGCCCGCGUCAAUCCGAUUGCAUCAUCGUCGCUGGAACUCUUACAAACAAGAUGGCACCAGCAUUUAGAAGGAUAUACGAUCAGAUGCCAGAGCCACGGUGGGUUCUUUCAAUGGGUAGCUGUGCCAAUGGUGGUGGCUAUUACCAUUAUGCUUACUCUGUAGUGAGAGGAUGUGACAGGAUAGUCCCAGUAGACAUAUAUAUACCAGGCUGCCCACCAACUGCAGAAGCAUUGCUGUAUGGUAUCCUACAGCUUCAGAAGAAGAUAAAGCGAAUGAAGAUGGUGCAGAUGUGGUACCGAAAGUAAUGUGACUUUAUUUAUGUAUAAUAUGGUGGCUUCUGUUGUGUGUGUUGCAGCUGUUGUGCCUAGCAAGUCCUUGGUGAUCAGUGUUGCAAGGAGUCUAAAUAAGCAGCAAAUCGACUUAGUUGCCAAUUUAGUCGGGAGUUAUUUUCGGGAAGAGAUUUAAUGCACAAUUUGUAAUUUUCCUUGAAAACCUAGAAAUGUAGAGUAUGUAACUUUAUGGUUUUAUAGGGUUAUUAUGUAUUCACAUCUCAUGCUGCAUUGCAAAUGGUGUUCGUUUGCGAUUGCACCAUAAUAUAGUUGUAUGCUUUGCAUUACUAGUCUCCACCCCCCUCCAAUAAUUGCCAUGUAUCCAAAUGCAAUAAUAAUUCACAUUCUGAUUAAAAUCAAACAGUAACUCUUUUGACAAAUACUUUGGUUUGUGGUUAGUCAGUGUUUAAUUAUACUGGAAUGUAAAACAAACCGUUUCUGUAAUGUAGUUAUGUACAGAAAAACGAACCCAAUUUUUUAGUAAACCAAGUCCUUGUUGGUUAUGUUGCUAUUAAAAAAGUAAACAAA